AUGUUCUUCACCUUACUAAUCGCUACUUGUUUUGCAGAAACAAUUAUGAUUGUAGAAAAGAUGGGUCUCAACCAACUUCCUGUUGAAUACAAAGUUGUUGAUACUUCCAUUUGUUAUGUUGAUGACCCUAAAGAUAAUGAAUAUAUAAAAUACAGCAUGAUUAGCGUAUCAGGAAAUUACCUUAAAAGCGAAUAUAGUGAUAGUUCUUGUACUAUUAAAAAAAAAGAUGAUUUAGUCUUUGAUACUGUUAUUCCCUUUAAUGGUACUCUACCACCUUAUAUUGCAUUUACUACUAAAGAUUACAAAUCAUGUCCAAAUACAUUUAAUGAAAAUGCUCCAAUUAUUAAGAAAUACAUUACCUCUAAUUGCUAUUUAGAUGAUGAUGAUUUUGAUAAUUCAAAAAGACAUGGAAUUAAAGAUGGACAAAUUGUCACUGUUAAGUUUAAAGAUUCUCAAUGCACUAAGUCCCCUUAUAUUGAUGAUUGGGAUGAAAAAUGUGGAAAAUGUGAUGACGGAGAGUAUACGUGGUGUAAAAAUGGAGCAUUCUCAAUUGCUUCAAUUAUUGCACUAAUGUUGUUCUUCCUUUUCUAA